AUGAGAUCUACAAGAUCAAACAAGAUAUUUGAAAUGGCGAAGACAGUGGGUACCAGGAAUCAAGACAUGAAUGCAAAUGCUGAGAUAUAUAAUUUUAAUAGCGAGGAAAACAAUGAUGUCGAUUCAACAGUAAAAUUUAAAGUGAGAAAAUAUUUUGAAUCCCAAGAUAUUGAAACAGAAAACCGUCAAUGUUCAGAUUCAUCAUUGACCUUUGCUGAUUUGAAAACAAUGCCCGCAUCAGAUGAACUUUCCGUUUCGUCAGUCUAUGAAGAUUCUGAGUCGUCUUAUAAGCUAUCCGCACAUAGUACUUCAUCUGUAGAUGAACACGAAAAUUCGUCAAAAACAUCGAUUAACUUAGAAACAAGUGUAAAAUCGCUGGAUUUCGAAAUACCAUCAACAUCAGUGCAAAGUAAAGCCGUAGAUUACAACUACACAGCGCCUGUAGAAAUGUCCAAAAAGACGGCCCUUUCAAAUAAAAGAAUUUGGGAUAAAAAGGAUUCAUGUCUAUUUUGUGAAGAACAAGUUACCAACUUUACGCGGCACCUCACAAGAAAACAUUCUGAAGAAACAGAAGUUGGAAAAUAUUUAGCUCUAAAGAAAGGUUCAAAAGAGCGAAAAAAUAUGGUUGACCAACUACGUAAGCGAGGUAAUUUUUUUAAUAACAUAGGUGGUGCGCCAAAAAUCAAAACUGUACGAAGGCCUAAUGAGUUCGGUGAACCAUCAACAGCAAAAAACUUUUUACCUUGUAAGUUUUGUUUUGGACUGUAUAAAAAGAACUAUCUGAGGCGACAUAUAAAAAAAUGUACUUUAAAAAAAGACGAAAUUGGUGGUAAACGGAAAAACAUUCAGGCAAAUGCUCAAUCACUUUUGUUGGCUUUUUCAAGCGAGGAUACCAGGCUAGUUGAAGAAGUGUUCCCUAGAAUGGCACCUGACGAAAUAUCUUUGGUUGUCAAAAGUGAUCCACUAAUUCGUGCUUUUGGUACGAGGUACAUAAAAUGUCAUAGAGAGAAACAUUUAAUUGCAGUAGUGUCGAAUAAAAUGAGAGAACUUGGUAGGUUUUUGUUGGCCAUGCGUAAGUCUGAGAAGAAUUGUCAAUCACUACAAGAUUGUCUGAAGCCUGAGUUAUUUGAUAAGAUCAUAUAUUGUACAAAAGUUGUUGCUGGAUACGACGAUAAGUCUGACAAAUUCGGAGCACCAUCAUUGGUCCUGAAACUUGGGACAUCCCUAAAACAGUGUUGUGACAUUGCCGAGUAUUUACUUUUAAAAAAGUCUACAUCUUUGACUCCUUCUACAAACACCAAUCAAGAUAUUUCAAAUAUCAAGAGCGUUGAAAAUUUAAUAACCAAACAAUGGUCCUAUGAAUUAUCUACCAACGCAUCAAAAGAACUAUACCAAAAAAAAUGGAACAAGCCGGCAUUUUUACCAUUAACCUCAGAUAUAAAGAUUUUUAGAAACCAUUUAUUAUCUGUAGAAAAAACAGCAUUGACUAAUUUGAAGAAAAAUCCAAUGGAUUUAAUGUCUUUUAGGGCAUUACAGGAUACAGUUCUUACUCAAUUAAUUUUAUUAAACCGUAGACGUGCAGGUGAAGUACAACGGAUGCUAUUAAAAACUUAUUUAAAUUGCACAAAUGAAGUACCGCAAGAAGAAAUAAAACUAUCACUUUCUGCAGUUGAACUCGAAUUAACCAAAAAAUUUAAAAGAAUUGUAAUUCGAGGUAAAAGAGGUAGAGGUGUACCCAUUUUAUUUACACCAAAAAUGCAAAAAAAUUUAUCAGUACUAAUUCAUGUUCGUAAACAUUUUUGUGAUGAAAAAAAUGAGUUUUUAUUUGCAGUUCCGAACAACGAGGGAAGUAGUCUAAGAGCUUCUGAAGUUGUUAGGAAAAUGGCAAAUGCUAGUGGUGCCAAGAACCCAUCAGCUUUAACAUCGACAAAAUUGCGCAAACAAGUAGCUACAGUUGCUCAGCUCUUAAAUUUUAAUGAUGGAGAUGUUGAGCAAUUAGCUAAUUUUAUGGGCCAUUCAAAGGAGAUACACAAAUCCUUUUAUAGAUUGCCGGAAAGCACAUUUCAAAUUGCGAAGGUUAGUAAGUUCUUACUCAUGAUGGAAAAGGGAGAAGCAGAAAAAUACAGAGGGAAGAACUUUGACGAAAUUGAUGUAAAUGUAGAUGGACUUGUGUCAGAGGAAAGCUGCAAUAGCGACACCGAUUUCAGUGGUUCAGAUGAGGAAGACAACACAGAAGAAACUAUUCUAAAAACCACUGACCUGGAAAAUAUUGAAAUAGAAUCAAUUUCUCCACAACCAAAAACAGCACAACCACAAAAAUCCACACCGACCACACCUCAACCUCGAACAACUAGAAAUAAUAAAAGAAUAUGCAAGGAGAAAAAAUUUAACAGAGUACCAUGGACAGAAGAUCAAAAAAAUUUAACUACUAAAUACUUUCAAAAACAUGUUCUUUUAAAAAUUCCUCCAAAAAAAAAUGAAUGUGAAGAUUUCAUUAAGAAAAACACUAAAACUAUGACAGGAAAAGACUGGAGAAAAAUUAAGACGUUCGUUUACAAUAUCUAUAAAAAAUAA